CGGCGCGCGCUCUCAUCGCGUUUUUCUGGAAGGAAAAUGUUAGGGAGGAUGGAAGAACUUCGCUAGGCGAGAGCUUCCCUGUGCCCAGGCGCCACUUCCUGCGGCAGCUGUUGUAUGACCCCCAGUGACAGGCCAGAGCGGGCGAGCUGACCUAAUGUAGGUCUCCCCUGUCCCUAAAUUCUGCCAUAGCCAUUCCCUUCAUCGUUUUAACAGCUGAAUAACAAAGGAAGAAAAGCCAUCUUCUUUCUUGGGAACUAAAUGGAAAGAUACAGCAGAGACAGUGAUUAUUGGAGGUGGUUGCAUUGGUGUAAGUCUUGCUUACCACCUGGCCAAGGCUGGCAUGAAGGAUGUCAUUCUGCUCGAAAAGUCUGAACUGACGGCUGGAUCUACUUGGCAUGCAGCUGGGUUAACAACUUACUUUCAUCCUGGAAUAAAUCUGAAGAAAAUCCAUUACUACAGCAUCAAACUCUAUGAAAAAUUGGAGGAGGAAACUGGGCAGGCUGUGGGAUUUCAUCAGCCAGGCAGCAUCAGAAUUGCUUCCACCCCUACUAGAGUGGAUGAAUUCAAGUACCAAAUGACGCGAGCUCGUUGGCAUCCAACAGAGCAGUAUCUUAUUGGGCCUGAGAGAAUACAAGAGCUGUUUCCCAUAUUGAACAUGGAAAAGGUUUUAGCUGGCCUGUAUAACCCUGGAGAUGGUCAUAUUGAUCCCUAUUCUCUCACUAUGGCCUUGGCUGCAGGAGCCAGGAAAUAUGGUGCCCUAUUAAAUUACCCAGUCCAAGUGACAAAUCUGAGCCCUAGAUCAGAUGGGACCUGGGAAGUUGAAACUCCACAUGGAAUAAUUAGAACAAACAGAAUUGUGAAUACAGCAGGCUUCUGGGCUCGUGAAAUAGGCACAAUGAUUGGACUGCACCAUCCUCUCAUACCUGUUCAUCAUCAGUAUGUUGUCACAUCAACUAUCCCUGAAGUGAAAGCCCUGAAAAUGGAAUUGCCUGUGCUUCGUGACUUAGAAGGAUCAUAUUAUCUAAGACAGGAAAGGGAUGGGCUUUUAUUUGGUCCAUAUGAAAGUCAGGAGAAAAUGAAACUACAGGAGUCAUGGGUAACAAAUGGAGUCCCACCAGGUUUUGGAAAGGAACUUUUUGAGUCUGAUUUAGACAGAAUAAUGGAUCAUAUUGAGGCUGCAAUGGCAAUGGUGCCAGUCCUGAAACAAGCAGACAUCAUUAACACAGUUGCUGGUCCUAUCACAUAUUCUCCAGACAUUCUUCCUAUGGUGGGACCGCAUCAGGGUGUCAGAAAUUACUGGGUAGCAAUUGGCUUUGGAUAUGGCAUUAUCCAUGCUGGAGGUGUCGGAAAGUAUCUCAGUGAUUGGAUUCUAGGUGGGGAGCCUCCUUUUGACCUGAUAGAAUUAGAUCCCAAUCGCUAUGGAAAAUGGUCCACCACCCAAUAUACAGCAACAAAAGCAAGAGAGUCUUAUGGAUUUAACAACAUUGUUGGUUAUCCUAAAGAAGAAAGGUUUGCUGCCAGACCUACAGAGAGAGUCAGUGGGCUUUAUGAAGUGCUUAAAUCUAAAUGCUCAAUGGGUUUCCAUGCAGGAUGGGAGCAACCUCAUUGGUUCUACAAGCCUGGAGAUGAGAUUGGAUACAAACCCAGUUUUCGGCGCACAAACUGGUUUGAACCUGUGGGUCGUGAAUAUAAGCAGGUUAUGGAAAAAGUUGGUGUGAUUGACCUGACACCAUUUGGCAAGUUUAUUGUCAAAGGGAAUGAUUCAGUUAAACUGUUGGAUCACCUGUUUGCAAAUGUCAUUCCAAAGGUGGGUGCUACAAAUAUAAGUCACAUGUUAACACCGAGAGGCCAAGUCUAUGCUGAGCUAACCGUCUCUCACCUAUCUCCAGGGGAGUUUUUGCUGGUAACUGGUUCUGGGUCAGAGCUCCAUGAUCUGAGAUGGAUAGAAGAGGAGGCACUGAAGGGUGGCUACAAUGUUGAGAUUAAAAACAUUACAGAUGAGAUGGGAGUACUUGGCAUAGCAGGUCCAUUUGCACGAAAGGUUCUCCAGAAACUGACCAUUGAGGAUCUUAGCGAUUCUGCAUUUAAAUUUCUUCAGUCCAGACAUAUUAAACUUUCUGAUAUUGCUGCUACUGCUAUUAGGAUAUCCUAUUCAGGUGAACUGGGUUGGGAACUCUACCACAGAAAAGAAGAUUCUGCAACUCUGUACAAUGUUAUCAUGGAAGCAGGCCAGGAAGAAGGAAUCGAUGACUUUGGAACUUAUGCUCUGAAUGCCUUAAGGCUGGAAAAAGCUUUCCGGGCCUGGGGAGCAGAGAUGAACUGUGACACUAAUCCUCUGGAAGCUGGACUGGACUAUUUUAUCAAGUUAAACAAGCCAGCAGACUUCAUAGGAAAGCAAGCACUGAAGCAGAUUAAAGAAAAGGGGCUUAAACGGCGACUGGUGUAUCUCACCUUCGAAACAGCUAAUGUUGAUCCAGAGGGAAAUGAAAGUGUGUGGCAUAAUGGCAGAGUUGUUGGCAACACCACAUCUGGAAAUUACAGCUACAGUACCCAGCAGAGUCUGGCUUUUGCAUAUGUCCCCACAGAACUCAGCAAAGUUGGACAGAAGCUGGAAGUUGAACUGCUAGGAAAAAAUUAUUUAGCAACCAUUGUAGAGGAACCACUGGUUCUGACUGAACAAACAAGAACACGUCUUCAGAAAAAGGGUGGGAGUGCCAAGGUGUAAACCCAGAGGGAAGUUACAGUAAAUUCUCCAAUAUCAAUUGGUUUGACUUAUAACCAUGAAAUACAAGUUUCAGAGUGGUAGCUGUGUUAGUCUGUAUCAGCAAAAAGAACGAGGAGUACUUGUGGCACCUUAGAGACUAACAAAUUUAUUUGGGCAUAAGCUUUUGGGUUUUAGCCCACAAAAGCUUAGGCCCAAAUAAAUUUUAGUCUCUAGGGUGCCACAAGUACUCCUCGUUCUUUUUUCAUGAAAUACAAAGGAGUCAAACUACUCUGGUUCCCAGUCAUCAAGGGUGAGAUUGUAAUUUGCCCUAUACAUCCCUGUAGGGAAUUAAGGGGAUUUAAGAUGGCCCCUGGAUUCACUGAGUGGACUGCCCAUAUAACUGCUCUGAGCACAGGGGGAGGAGAGCAGAUUCCUGUGGACACGCUCUCCCAUCCCCCCAAUGUUUGUGGACAGGAAGCGGGUAAAGAAUCAACGGUCAUUACUCAGCUUCUCCACACUCUCACCAGCAGAGCUGAGCUGGUGCAGAGGGGGAAGUAGUCUGCUGUUAGUAUGACCCAAUAGCAAAUUAUUUCCUCUCUUUCAGGGUCACUUUUCUUUCCCUGGUAUGCUCCUAGGGCAGUGCAGCCACACAUUGCCCCUUCCCUGUAGCCUGGGCAAAGUCACAGCCUUGUCCCCAAAGGAAUAGUUAUAUAGUUCCACAUGGACAUGUUCUGUACAAAACUGAAGUUGCUCUUGAACAUUGGCUUUAGACAUUUUUUUUAACUGCAAACUGAGUAGAUGAUGAUUUUUCUCCAUCUGUGGUGUUCUGGCAGAACUUUUGAUGGAUGAUAGAAAUUCAGUCUUUCCUAAUCAAGACAUUUUAGAAAAGCUGCUCUUUCUAUUGAUUGAGUAUUUUGCCAUGGAUCAGUUAGUAGACUAUAUACAACAUUAUUCAACAUACACAGUAUUACUGCUCAAUUUCUGGACACAAUCAAAAUGCACUAACUCAUGCACCAUUUUUUGUUUAGUUCUUCCUUUCUCUAUUAAAAAUUAAGCAGCGAUGAUGACAACGUGUUGUCAUAUACAAGUAAUAAGUGAACAUAUCUAUUUAAACUGCAGUAUUUCAUUCAGUGUUGUUUUUGAUCAUUCCAAUAAGCAAGAUUUUGGAUACUGUAGGAGAAUAUAAAUAAUGGAAAUGUAUUAAAUUAUUAUAAUAAACUUGUUAAUUCCAUAAAAUAUUCAGCAUCUACUCAGACAUAACAUGAUCAUAAUUAUUCCAUCCUAAAAAAAACUUUUAAAAGCUAGAAUAUUUGUUCAGAAAGCACUCAACAUUAGGCUGUCGAUAAGUCCUUUUCCAAGAUCAUUGAAACAGAAAAAGGGCCCAAAAGGGCAUAGUCUUCCAAAGGAAUUGGAAACUUCUAAAUGUUCAGCAAAGAAGCAGAGGAUAAAUAGAAUAUGCCAGUGGAAGCACUGUUUGAAUAAUGAGCACCUACGUUUGUCAAAGACUUAAUGCAAGUUGACAUUACAUUUUGCAGUUCAGAAUAUCCUUUUACAAAGCAAGUCAAACUGAAGUAUAAAAGCUGACAGGCUUGCACAUAGAGCUAUCCUGAGUGAGAAAUCCAUUUGGAAAUUAUUCUGUUAUAUUUUCAUAAGUGAUUCAGGGCCAUUUUGCUGAACCAAUCAGAGACUUUUUUCCCUAAAGCUGACAUUAUUUGUAAUUGAACACUUUGUGUAUUUACUUUGCCACUUUUCCCCCCUCUGGUCAUUAAAGAAAACUAGAAUACAAAACAAAGCAC